AUGCCAUUGCGUCUUGAUGUCAAGCGCAAAUUAUCAGUUCGAUCAGAUCGUGUCAAAUGUGUUGAUAUUCAUCCGAAUGAACCAUGGAUUUUAGCAACAUUAUUUAAUGGUCAUGUUCAUAUUUAUAAUUAUGAAACUCAACAAUUAAUUAAAACUUUCGAAGUAUGUGAUGUUCCAGUUCGUGCUGGUAAAUUUGUUGUUCGAAAAAAUUGGGCAAUUACUGCAUCUGAUGAUAUGUUUGUACGUAUUUAUAAUUAUAAUACUCUUGAACGUUUACAUCAAUUUGAAGCACAUAAUGAUUAUAUACGUUCAAUUAUUAUUCAUCCAACACAAUCAUAUAUAUUAACUAGUAGUGAUGAUAUGACAAUUAAAUUAUGGGAUUGGGAUGCUAAAUGGGCAUUAAAACAAACAUUUGAAGGACAUAUACAUUAUGUUAUGCAAAUAGCUAUUAAUCCAAAAGAUAAUAAUACAUUUGCAUCAGCAUCACUUGAUCGUACUGUUAAGAUAUGGCAAUUAGGAUCAAAUCAAGCGAAUUUUACUCUUGAAGGACAUGAUAAAGGUGUUAAUUGUGUUGAUUAUUAUUCAGGUGGUGAUAAACCUUAUCUUGUUUCUGGUGCUGAUGAUCGUCGUGUAAAAAUUUGGGAUUAUCAAAAUAAAACAUGUGUACAAACAUUAGAAGGACAUUCACAAAAUAUUGCUUGUGUUGCAUUUCAUCCUGAAUUACCUAUUAUAUUAAGUGGAUCAGAAGACGGUACUGUAAAGUUAUGGCAUUCAAAUACAUAUCGUCUUGAAUCAACACUUAAUUAUGGUCUUGAAAGAUGUUGGACGAUAGCAUGUUUAAAAGGAUCAAAUAAUGUUGCGCUUGGUUAUGAUGAAGGAACAAUGAUGAUUAAAUUAGGUCGAGAAGAACCAGCUAUGUCAAUGGAUGCUUCAACUGGUAAAAUAGUUUGGGCUAAACAUUGUGAAAUUCAACAAGUUAAUUUAAAACAAUUAAGUAGUGAUCAACAAUUAAGAGAUGGAGAAAAAGUACCAUUAAAUAUUAAAGACUUAGGCAGUUGUGAAAUAUAUCCACAAACAUUAUCUCAUUCACCAAAUGGAAGAUUUGUUGUUGUUUGUGGUGAUGGAGAAUAUAUAAUUUAUACGGCAAUAACAUUACGUAAUAAAAGUUAUGGAAAUGCUAUGGAAUUUGUUUGGUCAGAAGAUUCAUCAGAAUAUGCUGUACGAGAUGGAAAUAUGAUUAAAGUUUUUAAAAAUUUUAAAGAAAAAAAAACAUUUAAACCAGAUGCUGGAGCUGAAGGUAUUUUUGGUGGUAAUCUUUUGGGUGUUCGAUCAUAUUCAGGUUUAACAUUUUAUGAUUGGGAAACAUUAAGUUUAAUUCGUCGGAUUGAAAUUUUACCAAAACUUAUCUAUUGGAGUCAAAAUAGUGAAUUAGUUUGUAUUGCAACAGAAGAAUCUUAUUAUAUUCUUCGUUAUAAUCCACAAACAGUAGCUGCUGCAUCCACAAAUAAGGAUCUUAAGUCUGAAGAUGGUAUUGAAGAUGCAUUCAAUGCUCUAAGUGAAAUUUCUGAAAUUGUAAAAACAGGUGUAUGGGUUGGUGAUUGUUUUAUUUAUACAAAUUCUCUCAAUAGAAUAAAUUAUUAUGUUGGUGGUGAAAUUGUAACAAUUUCACAUUUGGAUAGAGUUAUGUAUUUAUUAGGUUAUGUAUCGAAUGAAAAUCGUUUAUAUUUUGGUGAUAAAGAUAUGUCUAUUGUAUCAUUUGAAUUAUCUUUAUCAGUUCUUGAAUAUCAAACAGCUGUUAUGCGAAAAGAUUUUGAAACAGCUGAUCAAGUUCUUCCAACAAUUUCAAAAGAACAACGAACACGUGUUGCACAUUUUCUUGAAAAACAAGGUUAUCGUCAACAAGCAUUAGCAGUUACACUUGAUGAUGAACAUAAAUUUGAUUUAGCUCUUCAAUUAGGAAAUUUACAAGUUUGUUAUGAAAUUGCCAUAAAAUUAGAGAAUGAUCAAAAAUGGUUACAAUUAUCUGAUGUUGCUACAAAACAAGGAGAAUUUUCUUUAGUAGAAGAAUGUUUAACACAUGCACAAGCAUUUGGUUCACUUAUUCUUUUAGCAAGUGCAUCAAGUAAUAAACAAUUAAUGUCAAAUAUUGGUGAACAAUCAAGAAAAAUUGGACAAUUUAAUAUUGCUUUUUUAUCAAAUUUUGUCUUGGGAAAAUUAGAUCAAUGUUUAGAUAUUCUUAUUGAAAAUCAACGUUUACCAGAAGCAGCAUUUUUUGCUCGAACAUAUCUUCCAUCACAAAUAAAUCAUGUUGUUGGAUUAUGGAGAGAAAAAUUAAAACAAAUGAAUAUGGAACGUGCAGCACAUGCAUUAGCUAAUCCAACAGAUUAUGAAAAUCUUUUUCCUGGUCUUAUUGAUACAUAUAAAACAGAAGAAUUUUUAAAACAAAAUACAAAAGUACAAUCAGCUAGAAAUUAUCAAACACUUCCCCCGAAUUGGGAGAGCAAUCCUAUUACUGAAAUGAAACAAGCAGAAGAUCACGGGCAGUUUUCUUAUAUUUCAAAGCAAUUAAAUAAAGAAAUAACAAAUGAUAAUGAUGACGAUGAUGAUGAUGAUGAUGAUGAAAUUUUUGAUGAUACAACAACAAAUUCAUUAAUAGGUAAUAAAUUAAUUACAUCUGUCAAUGCCGAUCAAUCUUGUUCACGAUCUCCAACAAAUAGUUCUGCUGUUUCAUUUCAUAAACCAACAACAAUAUCAUCUAUCAUUAGAGAUCUAUCAGUGAAAUCUACAGCAUCGAGUAUUAUAUCUACAGCUACCACAGUUGGUAGUGCUAGUCAAGCAUCUUUAAGCGAUUUUGAUAAAGAAUUACAAGAAUUUGAUUUCGACCUUGGUAAAGAUGAUAUAGACGAUACUGAAAAUGAUCCAUUAGUAUCGAAACAACUUUUUAAACAAACCGUUGAUGAGAAUGAGGAUCUUCGAUUCGAUGAUGACAAUGUAGAUGAAUUUCUCCACAAGACAUGA